AUGCACGAAGUACGUUAGCUACCAAUGCUCUGUCACGGAGAACAGAGUGAGCCUGGUGUUCGGAGGGGCAGAGGGCACAGGACCAUCCAUCUCUGCUGAGAGGGGGGGAGCAGGCAAAGCGUCGGCAGCGAGCGAGAGUGAAAGCCAGGGGAAGGAAGGAAGGGAAGGGGCAUUAUCCACAAGGAAGCUCCCAGAGACACGCGACGACGACGGGGACCAAGGAUCAAGACCAAAGCCUCAAAGAAAGGACCCUGCUUCCUCCCCUCCGCUUUUCUGGAGGGUUCCAAAGACCCAUCAAAGCCCAAAACCCCACCUCCCCUCUCAUCCCGCAGCGCAACUUCUCUACUCUCGGACGCCCUCUUCGGUUCGAUUCCCCAUUCCCCUUCCCUUCCCUUCCCUUCCCUUCACACUCCGUCCUUCUGUCGCCCCCAAUUCCAAUUCUCUCCUUCUCCCUCCUCUCUUCUCGCAUUGUACCGCGCUGCCCUGCGCUGCUGCGUUCACGUUUUGCGUCGCAUCCUUGAUUCAAUCAAUCCCCCCCCCCCCGCAAUGGCAGCCCAGGUCGGAACGGCGCUCAACGCCCGGACCUGCAAAUUGGCCUCCUUCCAGGGCCUCAGGGCUACUCCCGGGCGCUCUGCCCAGCUCAACCCUACUAGCCACGUCUCCUUCGCUGCCUCCUCUCCUCGCAGGUGCCUCCUCAUCGCGCGCGCUGCCACAGCCGUAGCGCCCCAGUUCACGACGCUCAAGCCCCUGGGCGACCGUAUUCUGGUCAAGAUUCAGGCCGCGGAGGAGAAGAGCAUGGGCGGCAUCCUGCUCCCUACCUCGGCGCAGACCAAGCCCCAGGGCGGGGAGGUGGUGGCCGUGGGGGACGGCAAGACCCUGGGCGACAAGAAGCUGGAGUCCGCUGUGAAGUCCGGCGCGCAGAUCGUGUACUCCAAGUUCGCGGGCACAGAGUUGGAUUUCAAUGGCGAGCCGCAUCUCCUGCUCAAGGAGGACGACGUUGUGGGCCUAUUGGCGACGGAUGACGUGAAGGACCUAGAGCCGGCCAACGACCGCGUGCUCAUCCGCGUGACGGAGCUGGAGUCGAAGACGGCCGGGGGCGUGCUGCUGACGGAGAACGCGAAGGAGAAGCCCGUGAUCGGGACGGUGGUGGCGACGGGACCGGGCGCUUACGGCGAGGACGGCGAGCGGAAGCCGCUGGAGGUGCAGAAGGGCAACACGGUGCUGUAUUCGAAGUACGCGGGGAACGACUUCAAGGGCAAGGAUGGGACGCAGUACGUGGUGUUGAGGGUCCAGGACAUCCUCGCCGUGCUCGCAUAGCCAAUACUCCACACUCUCUCUCCUCCUCAGGUUGUAAUUUAGUGAAUGUAUCUGGCAGAAUUGGUACCUUGAUAUAUUUUACAAGUUAGUGAUUAGAUAGUGGAUCAGAAUUUGGUACAAGAGGUUAAGUGGAACCGUUGGAAGUUUUGUCUGCCUGUCAUGGUGGUGAGGUAAUUCUUUGGUAAAUUGUAUCUUUGUGAAAUGGAUUCUUGGACAUUUAUUUCAUUUCUGCCUAAUGUCACCUGUUUUUCUACUUUA